AUGGAGAGGGAGAAGCAAUGGGGCACAAACAGAGGGAGAAGCAGUGUGGCACAAGGGGAGGGAGAAGCAGUGUGGCACAAUGAGAGGGAGAAGCAGUAUGGCACAAACAGAGGGAGAAGCAUUGUGGCACAAGGAGAGGGAGAAGCAGUGUGGCACAAGGAGAGAGAGAGAGACAGAGAGGGGGAAACAGUGUGGCACAAAGGGAGGGAGAAGCAGUGUGGCACAAUGAAAGGGAGCAGCAAUGUGGCACAGGGAAAGAGAGGCAGUGAGGCGCAAAGAGAAGGCGAAGCACCAUGGCACAAUGAGAGGAAGAAGCAGUGUGGUAAAAAACAGAGGGAGAAACAGUGUGGUGCAAGGAGAGAGAAAGAGACAGAAGCAGUGUGGCACAAGGAGAGGGAUGAAGCAGUGUGGCACAAGGAGAGAGAGAGAGUAAAAAACAGUGGGUCACAAGGAGAGGGAGAAGCAGUGUGGCACAGGGAGAGAGAGAAGCAGUGUGGCACAAGGAGAGGGAAAUGCAGUGUGGGACAAGGAGAUGGAGAUGCAGUGUGGCACAGGGAGAGGGAGAAGUAG